AUACCUUCACCCGUGUAAACAACACAGGAAGCAUUUCUAAGCUGAGCCAUGUCCAAGCUGACCCGAAUGUGCAGCAAUCCUCUGGUCUCCGGCGCGGAUCUCUACCUUUGGUACCCACUUUUUCAAUCUGGAAGAGCCAUUCCCGUCCCCAGUCUCAUUCACUUAAUCGGAUUUCUGGCUUGGACAUGACUAUAUCCGGCACCAGUCAUCCGCCACAGAUAGAGCCUACUCUCAACUCGCGUAUAGAAGACUCUGGUAAUAUGUCUGUCACCGCUGGACAAGCUCAAGCACCCUCCAAUACCAUGGCUGACUCUUUGGCUAACAGAGCCGAUCCUUGCCAAUCGGAGAACCAUCGAGCUGACCAAGCUAUGUAUUCCGAUCAACAGGAUUUUCAUCAUGAUUCGGCCUCGUUUCAUCCACUUGAAUCUACAUCGUUUUCAACGAAGAGGUCCCUUUCAUUACCCUUAGUUCUCCGAUAUAGAUCGGAAUUAAUUGCUCAGCAACUCUGCCUGAUCGAGCGAGAGUUGUUGAGCCAGAUUCAGUGGUAUGAACUUGUUGAUGCAGGCUGGACAAAAAAAGUCAAUGCAACCACACAUAGUGCGAACCAAAAGGAAAAAACGGGGAAAGGAACUCUCAAUAAGAGACAGUAUCAAGGGUCAGAGGGCGCAGCUGCGGGGGUCUAUCCAGACGAACAAAAUCCUGGUAUCGUGCCAUUGGAUCAUCCUGUUGAGGCUACAUCCACAUAUGUAUCUAGGUCUACUGCAGGCAAGAGGCCAAAAAAUGCUUUGAAGGACACUAAGCGACGGCUUGUGAAGCGCGAGGAAAGUCGUGGUAUCAGAAGGCUUGUAGAGCGGUUCAACUUGACAUGCCAAUGGGUAACAUAUGAGAUCGUUCGAACACGAAAUUUGAGUAUGAGAGUCAAGGUUGUGGAAAAGUUCAUUAGGAUAGCCCACACCUGUUACAACCAUUCCAACUUUAGCUCACUCAUACAAUUGAUGCUCGGAUUGCAAUCUUUGCCCGUGUCCAGAUUAAGCCAGACUUGGGCCAGAGUCCGAGCACAGGAAAUGAAGACUAUGGAGGAGUUAGUCGAGUUUACAUUGCCUUUCCACAACUGGAAACACCUACGGGAGGCAAUGAAGAAUAUCGCAGAUGAAUGGGGCGGUAGUGGUGCUAAUGUCAGUACCAGUGCCAAUAGUAGUACCGGUGGUGAUGCUGAUUCUGGUGCUAGUUCUGGUGCUGGUGUUGGUGUUGAUGUUGGCGCUGGUGUUGGACCUUCUACACCAUCCGCAGUCGCCGAAAAGCCGACGAUAAGCACGGGUGGGGGAACGUUCUUCAGUCGGAAGCCUUCAAAAUCUAUGGCCAGUCUAAGUGUCAAGGUUGGAAGAGGAACCAUUCGUUGGCCAUCAACAACGCCUCAGCCUUUGGGAACAAACACAGGGACUGUUUCAGUAUUAUCAAACGCUCAGCGGAUGAACCAUCCAUUGGAACAAAAGAGCGUGUCUAGUCCAGUCUCACCUGUAGCAUCAGUGAAACAGACAGUGCCGCUGAUACCGAUUUCUGCAAGCUCAAAAGGUAAAGAGAAAGAAAGGGAUAAGGAUAUUUCCAGAUCAGGACAGCAGGGAGGAUGUAUCCCAUUUCUUGGUAUGUAUAGUAUACAUAUACAUAUAUAUUUGUCUCUAUCUGUCUGAUCUUGUGUUUAAUUCUGAGCUACCAUCGUUUGUUGAGCCGCCGGCUUCGCCUUCGAUGAUGAGCUCAGCGAGCGAAAUGCAUCCUACCCCUGUCCCUGUCCCUGUUCUUGCCCC